AUGUCAGAUCCACACUUGAACUUUGCUGAAUGGUCAUAUUUUGGAUAUCUCAAAACUAUGCAGCCUUACUUCAACGAUUCUAAACUAAAGUCACUAAGAUCAGUAUGGAAAAAGCGAUUUAAUGAAAUAAUAAAACACACGGAUGAGGAGAGAAGCAAAGCUGCAUGGGUGACGCCCUGUGAACUCCCGGAGUUAGGUGACGUCCUCGGUGUUAUAUAUGGAGUAUACGGUUGUACCACGCGGGAGCAGAAAAAAAUUUUAAAUGUCGGUGAAUUUUGUGACCUUUUUGAGAAGAGGAGAUUAAUAAAGCGGCAACAGAUCAGUACAAACGUCAAUAUACAAUUGAGUACAUUAAGGGUGAUGAGCAACGCAGCUACCCACCAAGAGAAUGAACUAGUUGAGUGGACAUCGGCUCGGAAUGAGGAAAUGCGAAAGAGAUUUUGGCAAGAAGAUGGUUUGGUUGAAGAUGAUUUGAAACAUGACAAUGGCUCUAAGAAACGAGCUUUUAAAAUACAUUGUAAAGUUAUCAAUAAUACAAACAUUAUGUCAGAGGAUAUAGCGUGUAUUCAACGGUCUUGCCCGCCUGCUAUUGAAAUCCAAGAUUAUUCAGAAACUGAUUCCAGUUCUGAUAUUGAAUCUGUUAAUUAUAAUAGAGAUGAUCCUGACUAUGUUUACAACUCAGAAUAUUCAUCUUGUUCUAGUAAUGUUGAUAUGUUUACAGAUGAUAAUGAAUCGAAGAUGAAGAUAGAUUUGUUGGAAUUUAAAAGGAAAUAUAUGCAAAUGAAUGAUUCAGAUAAAUGGUCCCUUUCUACUGGAAAAGUAGUAGAAGAUAUACUCUACAAUUUUGAUCCAAACGAUAAGAUAUAUGUCAAUGAGAGAGUUUCACUGAAUCCGGACUUGAUGAAAUUAAGAAAUACAAAUUUAAAGUUAUUACCACAAAUGCCCCAAGAUUUAUUAACAUAUCUUUAUAGUUUUCGGGUGUAUAAUGUCCUGGACCUUAGGAAGGCACUAUUAAAGGCCCAGAUAUGGGACUCUUCAUGCAGCCAGAAAACACAUUCUGACCAUGAUUGGAUUCGAAAUACUAUGUCCAACCUGUUACAUGAAUAUGAAACAGGAAGUUUAGAGAGAAAUCAUUUUGAAUUAUGGUAUUUGAUUCAUGUUUGGAGUUUUGUAGACAGGGGCUUUGGAAAUGUGAAGGGAGUAGAAGCUGUAAGAUCGGAGUCUUCUAGCCUUGCAUCUUCCGGUCGAAGAAAACGAAAUAGAGUUGUAUCUACAAUUACCCCUGUAGAAAGAAAGAUUAUGGGAAGGUGUGGUGAUCUUAUUAUUCAAAAGGUGUCUACUGAAUAUGGAUGUUCAGAGGCUGGCAAACUUUUUGAUGGUGAUAAUGGAUCAAAACUGUUGAAAGAUAUGUUCCAUUCUUUAUUAAUAACUCAACAACUAUCAUUUGGGAAUAAUUUUUGA